AUGGGUGCCUACUCCAAAGCGCUUGAAUUUUACGAAAAAUCAAAUCAAAUAAGAGAAAAAUCUCUCCCUCCGAACCAUCCCGACUUGGCUCAAUCCUACAACAAUAUCGGUCAAGUCUAUCACGACAUAGGUCACUACUCGAAAGCAUUUGAAUUUCACGAAAAAUCACUUACAAUAAGACAAAAAGCUCUGCCUCCAAAUCAUCCCGAUUUGGCUAUUUCUUACAACAACAUCGGUCAACUGUAUAACACCAUCGGUGACUACUUGAAAGUACCUGAAUUUCACGACAAAGCACUUAAAAUAAGACAAAAAGCUCUGCCUCCGAAUCAUCCAGAUUUCGCUAGUUCCUACAACAACAUCGGUAUAGUGCAUAAUGACAUGGGUGACUACUCCAAAGCACUUCAAUUUUGCGAAAAAUCACAUCAAAUAAUAGAAAACGCUCUGCCACAGAACCAUCCUGCUUUGGCUACUUCUUACAACAACAUCGGCUUUCUCUAUAACAAAAUGGGUGACUACUCGAAAGCACUUGAAUUUUACGAAAAAUCACAUCAAAUCUACGACAAAGCUCUGUCUCCAAAUCAUCCCAAUUUGGCUCUGUCCUACAACAACAUCGGUGGAGUGUAUAACAACAUGGGUGACUACUCGAAAGCAUUUGACUUUUACGAAAAAUCACAUACAAUAUACGAAAAAGCUCUGCCACCGAAUCAUCCCGACUUGGCUCUGUCCAA